GGGGGGGGGGGGGGAGGGGGGGAGGCGAUGAGCCCUUGAUGAGAGAGUCCCCCGCCCGAAGCCGACUGCCCACGGCGCCCGAAGGCAGCGUGGCCAAGGGAGUCCCACGGUCCGGCAACUCUGGCUGGCCGGUUGUCUAUCCGUUUCCCAGAAGCGCAAGGAUAGGAAAACCUGAGGAAAACGCAUCUUCUGCGCUUAGCUGCGGUUUCACCGUAGUUUAGGGGGCGAGGAGUGUCCGCGACCCUCCCCCCACCCCACGCACUGGGUGAGCCUUGCCACCAAACCCAGCGGUCCGCGCUGCUGAGUGAAGGCGCUAGGACCCGGACGCGUGGCGUGGCGUCUGUAGGGACAGGGGGCUGCAAGCGGAGAAGAGCCCCGUCGCGGGUGGCCGGAGCAGCUCGGGAGCUCUUGGGAACUCUGCGCCCCGUUCCCGGACUCCACGUGCCCCGCGGUCCCCGGUUGUCCAUAGUCCCCAUGGCCACCCUGAGGGGCGAGCUAGGAGACGCCUGAGGAAGCCCAGACGGUACCCGUCCACGGCCCUGCGGGCUGCACGGCGGGAGUCUGCACGGAGCUAUGCUGAGGCCGCGGGGUGCGGAGGAAGCCGCGCAGCUCGCCCCUCGGCGUGCCCGCGUCCUGGUCCUCGCAUCCAGACCCGCGGCCCCCGACGUGUCUCCGUCUUCCACCCGCCUGGGUCUUGCCUGCCUGCUACUGCUGCUGCUGCUGACUCUGCCGGCCCGUGUAGACACAUCCUGGUGGUACAUAGGGGCACUGGGAGCCCGAGUGAUCUGUGACAACAUCCCUGGUUUGGUGAGCCGGCAGCGGCAGCUGUGCCAGCGCUACCCGGACAUCAUGCGUUCAGUGGGUGAAGGUGCCCGAGAAUGGAUCCGAGAGUGCCAGCACCAGUUCCGCCAUCACCGCUGGAAUUGCACCACACUGGACCGGGACCACACUGUCUUUGGCCGUGUCAUGCUUAGAAGUAGCCGGGAGGCCGCGUUUGUUUAUGCCAUCUCGUCAGCAGGAGUGGUUCAUGCUAUCACUCGGGCCUGUAGCCAGGGUGAACUGAGUGUGUGCAGCUGUGACCCAUACACCCGCGGUCGGCACCAUGACCAGCGAGGGGACUUUGAUUGGGGUGGCUGUAGUGACAACAUCCACUAUGGUGUCCGCUUUGCCAAGGCUUUUGUGGAUGCCAAAGAGAAGAGGCUUAAGGAUGCCCGGGCCCUCAUGAACCUGCAUAACAACCGCUGCGGUCGCACGGCUGUGCGGCGCUUUCUGAAGCUGGAAUGUAAAUGUCACGGUGUGAGUGGCUCCUGCACACUACGCACCUGCUGGAGGGCACUCUCAGACUUCCGCCGCACUGGUGACUACCUGAGGCGGAGGUAUGAUGGGGCUGUGCAGGUGACCGCCACCCAGGAUGGUGCCAAUUUCACAGCAGCCCGCCAAGGCUAUCGCCAUGCCACCCGGACUGAUCUGGUCUACUUUGACAACUCCCCUGACUACUGUGUCCUGGACAAGGCUGCAGGUUCCCUAGGUACCGCAGGCCGUGUCUGCAGCAAGACCUCUAAAGGAACAGAUGGUUGCGAAAUCAUGUGUUGUGGCCGAGGGUAUGACACAACUCGGGUCACCCGCGUCACCCAGUGCGAGUGCAAAUUCCACUGGUGUUGUGCUGUGCGGUGCAAAGAGUGCAGGAACACUGUGGACGUCCACACUUGCAAGGCUCCUAAGAAGGCAGAGUGGCUGGACCAGACCUGAACACACAGAUACCUCUUUCAUCCCUCCACUUCAAGCCUCCAACUCAAAAGCACAAGAUCUUUGCAUGCACACCUUCCUCCACCCUCAAUCCUGGGCUGCUACAGCUUCUGUUAUGGACUUGGAGAGUGAUCCAGGGGGACUCCAAUGUCCUGGCUGGUUCCUUAGCCCUAGGAAGGAGUUGAUAGGGGAUGGAUAUUGGAGUGAGUGGCUCCCUGCUAUCCCACCUGGAGGUUUGAAGGGAGAGUAGAAGAGGUAGGAGUUCUCUUCAGAGUGAUCUGAGUUGCACUAAAGUCAAGGCUCAUUGUCCCCUUUGCUUGCACUGACUUCUGAUACUCUUUGGGUAUGCAACAGGAAGGGAAUCUGGAGGUAGCUUCCUUUUUGAUCCUACUGUAGCCAAGGACGUAGGACAGAGAUAAAACUGCCUGUCCCUUCACAGGAGACAGUUUGUGCAGACAAUCUUAGGCUAUAGUAUUCUGCUGGGACCCCGAGGUAGCUAGAUGUGUCAGCCACGGUGAACAAGGCUUCAUCCCAUGCUCUUACACAGCUUAUAAACCAGUGGUUUUGUAAGGGGAGAAACCACACAACUGUACAAAUGCACAUUCUCUGUGUCUCCUUUUUCAGCUACAUCAGUCAGCAGCAGCCUGUUCACUGGCUGCUUGUUAGAGUGAGGUAGCUUGCAGUGAUUCAAAGUCUCAAUAGAGCAUUAGAACCCUGGGACAGAACUGUGAGAGAAUAGUAUAUUAAGCCUGGCUAGGCCUUGGGACUUCUCCCACACCAACUAUUCUGGACAUUAGGUAGGUUUGGAAAAGUGAAGGGCAGGCAACUCAUGGGCUCAACCUGAUCUCAAGGGCUGCAUGAGGAUCAGUGUAGACCAGGAAGCUGGCGAGCUCUCCUCUCGGCAGUUCUUUAGGAGAGGACCUUCAGCAUUGACGCAGGAGCAAAAGCAUGUCGCUAUGUAGAGAACGAGUUGGUUCCAAAGUGGUAGACACCUUAGAAGACAGUAGCCUUCCCCCAUUUACUCAGCAAAUCUUUAUUUUGUGAUUCUCCAAGUCCUACUGAUAACUACUGCCUAUCCAUGAUGGACUUAAACAGGGGAGGGUUCCCUCUAUGCUACUAGCCUAGCUAGGGUUCGCAGUAGUGGAGUCUUCAAAGGCAACAGGCAUGGAAAGCUAGAAGGUAGGACAUGGGCUUUGAACUCUUGAUGGCCUAGUUUUGUAUGAGUACACAAUGAUCAUCUUGCCUACUGAUAAACAGCAAUAUUACAGAAAUCAGCAGUCUGACGGGCCGAGGUUCGAUGCCAGUCACUUAUGCACUCACAGUGUUUUUUACUUUCAGCAGGCUCUUUCAAUCCUCCGGGCCCGUUUUUUUAGCUGUAAAAUGAGGGUGCAUGCCUCGCUCAGAUACUGAGAUUUAUCAGCCAACAGAUAUACGUCAUCAGACCUCUGACUGAUCAAGUACAUCCUAACUUCUCUAGGAACUUCUAAUUUAGGGUUGUCUGGUCUUGAUAACAGACUGGAGAUUAAGGAGCUUUCGCAAGGAAUUCUGGAUAUAGGGCCUUGAGCUCUUUCCCUCCGGUCCCUCUUUAUCCAAUCGGGUUCUCAGAUGUUUGUAGAGCAACUUCAUUCUGCCCAGGCAGCAGGAGGUUGUGGGGGGCGGGGGGGGGGUGGCUCUGGCCACGGAGGCAGAUUUAUUUGGAUGAUAGGACUAAUAUUUGUGUAACCUGCUGAGACCUGUGUGGGAGAGUUUAGGGUGGUUUUUCUUUUGGUGAGGGGAUUUGCUCCGGUUUCACAUCCAUUAACACAAAACAUGAGCUAGUCAGGGCCCUUGUGGUCUGUGGUGAGGGGAUGACUGGAGAAAUGGGACUGAAUGAGUCAGGCAGAGAGAAUGUCUUCCUUGCAGAGUAGUCAACUGGAUAACGGAUGAGCUGGUGGUAGGGUUAGGGAGGGGGAAUGCGAGGGGAAGAGGAACUUCUCUUAAAAGGGGGGAAACUUUGGGAGCAGGGGUGAAGACAUCCAAGUUACUACAUCCGUGAUGGCAUAGGCCUUCUACAGGAACCCAGCCUAAGUUCAAUCUACCUGUGCUGUAUCACCUCCCCUUUGAUUCGGGGUUCUUAGUUUAUGGAAAGAAGUGGUAGUCCUCUGUGACAGUUCAUGUUACUCCAUGUUUCUCCCUGCACCCUAAAUUCCAGCUGAUAAAGAUGCACAACCACUUAUAAAUGGUGGAGAGAGAAACGGCUGUUCAGGGAGUGAGAAGUUUGUAAAGUGAGGUGUUUAUAUGAGAGAAAAGAUGUCUAUCCGAGCCCUGCUACAGAAGCUGUGUGGCCCCAAGAAGGAAUGAUGGCCAAGCAAUUAAUUUUUCCUUAGAACUUAGCUUGUCUCUGCAUUCCAAUUGGCUUUAGACAACUGGCGUUGAUUCUACACUAUACAAACAGAAACUGAUUUAUUUGGAACAAGCAAAAAAACAAGAACUUUUCUUGGUGCUGGAGCUCCACAUAGCUCUGCUCUGCCCUCAUCUGUUCUGAAGGCCCCUCGCACCUGUUCUCCAUGGGAGAAGUGUGUCCUCCACCAGCAGGGUCUUAACCUCUCCCCCGUUUCCCUUUCCCUCUUGUUGGUCCUCAUUUCUUUUAUCUUUUGGUAAACAUUUAGUACAGUGCAUUUCAGUAAGUGUUAUUUGGAUAUAAAGUGAACUUAAAAGAUACUGUUCCUAUCUUUUAGGGAUAAUAGGAUCUUUGGGGGAAGGCACGUGGCUGAAGAACCUCAGCCGCACAGCCUGCAGCCAGUUUCUUUUCAAUAGAAGAGCUGGGGUGAUAGCUCACACUUGUAAUCCUGACACUCUGGGAGGCUGAUGCAGGAAAACUGCUGUGUUUGUGAUCAGGCUGUGCUACAUACACAGUGCGCUCCAUGCUAGCCUAAGAACAAAGUCAAACAAACAAACAAAACCCGGAAAGUAAGAAUGCCCGCCACAGCCCCCAACGAAGCACUGCCAAAUCAUACUGAUUUCAGCUCUAAAACAUAGCAUUCCUUCACACUCUCAAAUAGAGUAAAUGUGAAUCAGGGACUUGAGAUUAGAAGAAAACACUAUCCUGAGGGUCUGUUUGCUACAAGCUUUGUAGAUCUAAUUUUCGAACACUCUCAGCCUCGUUUCUCUUCCUCUUUGCUGCAGGAGACUAUUCUUCCCCUUUCUCUCACAUCCCUUAUCAAGAACGCCAACCACCAAGCCCCUUGCCAAAUUCUUAGACCCCACUCAGGACAUAAGUUUCUGCAUGGCUUAAUAGAAGACAGAUAAUCAGGAUUUCCCACCCCCACCCCCGCCUUUCUAAACUUUUUAUUUAAAUGCUCUCAGUGGUCAUAGGGCAGAAGCCCAAGCUAGCUGGGGAUAAGGGAGGCCGCCAGGGAGAGUAUGUUUCUCAUCCCUGGGAGGCAUUCAGCCUAGCUCCUGCAGCCAAAUUACAGCAGCAGAGAACAAUGCAGUGCAUUCCUGGGCAGGUCGGUGGGCCCUGGGCGCCUGGGUCUGGUGGAGAGAGGUGCCAGACACAGAGCGCUCCGUAAGCAACCCUGCAGAGCUGGCCCUGGGUGCAGAAAUGAAAUACAGAGAGCCUCACAUUACACACCUGGUUAUUGAUGGCCUUGCUGGAGGCCUCUGCCCCCACCUUCCGCUUGGGAACUGCCUGUACUGCGGGGGUUGGGCAUCUUUGAAGCAAUGCUGGAAAAUAAGAAAGACGCGUUUCCUUUUUACUCUUUGCCCUUCCUGUCAGCCUGGCAACCAUGAGGACACACACAUACAUACGCACAUGCAGAAGGUGCAUGCAAAAUGAGCUCACACAGCUUUUCUCAGGCUGUGUGGGAAUUAUCAUAGUCUCACCUCUUCAACAAUUAAAAACCAGCAUCUAGAUCCCCCCUCCCCAAAUCAUACCAACAACAGGGUCAGCUACAAGCGAGGAAUGUUUCAAAACUACAUUAUCAACAUGCAAUGCAAUGUUUGUUUUGGGAAUUGGUACUCUCCCGGGAGGUGGUGGAGGAAGGACACGGAAAGGGCAUGGAGAAGAGAGAUCAAGGGUGGAGAAUUACCACCCAAGCAGAGUGGCUGAGCCUGUGCAACUUCUCAAACUUGGUUUGCACGGGGGACCGAGAGGAGUGCAUCCUCCGUGUCCUGACUGCCCAGUCGCCUGUGACCGCUCUGAAGUCACAUAUAGACACUGAGCUUGGUGUUUAUGGUCCGUUGUUGUUUUAAACUUACCAGGCUAGAGAACAGGAUACUUUUGGUUCCAGGAAUGACCUCUGUAAGAGAGGCAGGUGUCUGAAGAGCAGGAGCAGUAGGUUUACUGGAGUAAAGAUGUCACAGUUGCAGACUGAACUAAGCUUUCUCAGAGUUAGCUUUCUUUUUUGGAUGAUUGACAGGUUUCACAGGUAGUAUACCUGAACUUAACCCCAAAGUUGAAAGGGAUAGAGGGGUCUGAAAACUACUUUCCCCACUUCCAUGCAUAGCCUGGAUUACCUCUGAGCAUCACUGUAGCUGUUUACAUAGGAUGCUGUGGUCAUCCAGGUUUUAAAAAUGCAAGAUGGACAUUCUCUGCUUUGCUCCCUGACACUGAAGUACCUUUUCUUUGUUCACUUAGAGAAGCAGGACACAGGAGUUCUUUAACCAAAGAAGGCCAAAAAUCUGAUAACAUUUUGUCAAUACUACUGUCCUGUAAGCAGCCAAGCCCACAGUUUCAUCCUUUGACAAAUUCCAAAGUGGGGCUUCCCCAAGAAUAACAAUAAUGCUCACAAAAGCCUUUUGUGCACAAAAUGCUUGGGCAUGUAUGUAUAGAUCUCACAAUCACUCCAGGGGUUGCGAGGUGGGGAUUGCUCUAUUUUAUGGAGUCAUUCAGAGAGGUUCAAUGAAUGAUCCAGCCAGAACACAAACCUUGCUUAUUUAUUUAUUUAUUUUUUUCUUCUCGAGACUGGGUCUCUCUCUGUAGUUCUGGCUAUUCUGGAACGGUUUGUAGACCAGGCUGGCCUUGAACUUAAAGAGAUCCACCCCCCAAAUGCUAGGAUUAAAGGUGUGCACCACUACAACUAGUUUUUGUUUGUUUGCUUGUUUGUUUUUAGCUUCAAAUACUACAUACUCUCCUCAAAGCCUGAGGAUGCUGGGACUGGGGGUGUCAGCUUAUCAGCACUUCAGAACAGAAAUUGAUGUUAACAGCCCCAACCCACACAAGAAUCCUAUACUGCCAGCAGAGUAUCUGAGCAGAGCUUACAAAGGCGAGGACUACAUUCCCCUAACCUGUAGACAUCGUCCGUUCCCACUGUUACCAUCACUAUCCAGAGUCACUCUACAAAGGACCCAUAUCUCAAUAGCUUUUGCUUGUCAUUCUCUGAGGCCCUACUCCUCCAUCCCUCAGAUUAACAUUAAAAUUGUUCUUUUAUUUUCUCUAAAUUCUUUUACAGUGGUGCUAAAUGUAUAGGCAGAGUCAGAGUAGUCAUGAGAAGAAAUGAGUGGACCCUGGGCUUAUAUUGGAAUUGCCUUUGAGACUUCAUUAUUUUUAAGAAUCACUACCACCCAGCAGUGGUGGCACACACCUUUAAUCCCAGCUCUCAGGAGGCAGAGGCAGGCGGAUCUCUAUGAGUUCGAGGCCAUCCUGGUCUACAAAGGGAGUUCCAGGACAGCCAUGGUGGUUAUACAGAGAAGCCCUGUCUAGAGAAACAAACAAACAAAAAAGAACCACUACUAACUCCGUGGUGGAAAAGCUAAGAUACUAUCCCAUCCAAGCCCACCUAAGAAACAGUAUAAAUCCCUGGACCACUCACUGAGACAGGCAUUUCAUCUACCAGUACCAGCUGUGUCUAACUUUGACAAUACAAUACAAAGUUUUCACUCGAGGACUGUGCAGUUAAGGUUUUUGUUUGUUUGUUUGUUUGUUUGUUUUUAUCACAAAACCUCUCAUGUUUUAAGUAAGCUUAUAAUUUUGAGUUGGGCUGCAUUUAGUUAUUGUUUGCUAUGUGCAGAUACAUGUGGCUUCUGCGCUGUUGUCUGGAUACACCUAAGACAAAGGAUAUCUAUGAUGCAGAGAAAAAUCUCUAAGAUGAGGCAAUCAGCAAAUUUCAUUUGACCAAAAGUGUGCUUUUUUCUGUUCCUCCUUCCGCCUUUACUCAAAAUGGGGGCCUCAAUUUAAUUGAAGACAGGAGAAGAGGUAGCUAGCUCAGCUGGCCCCUCCUGGCCCCACACUGGUAUACACUUGCUUAGAGAUGGAUAGGGAAGCCCUCCAAUACCCCAUGUAUCCCACUGGUAUACCCCAACUGGGAAGUCAGAAAAGGAGGCUGCAGAAACCCAGCGUUCAUCAAUCAUGGGCUGGGACAUUGCAGCUCUCUGACCUGAGUCCCUGCUUGAGCUGGGGAAAGAACACCUACCUAUAGUUAGGAUUCCUUCUGCAGCAAACCUUGGUUUUUGGUCCAUCCAUCUUGGCUCUCACUGCUCUCCUGCUUUCCACCCCCCAACUGCCUCCACAUGUGGGCUCAGAAGUCAUCAUCUGAAGAAUUCCACUGCUCACCUCCUGCAUAGCAGCACAGCCCCGUGAGGCCGCACACCAGAUGGAGGGGAUAAAAGUACGAGGUCAUGGCUUCUACAGAGGUUUUUCUUAAACUAACCCUGACUCCUGGAAAAGAGUCAGAGCAGGGGUAUGUCUGCUGAGCUGCUGACAACAGCAGCUUCAUAGAUCUUGUGUAAAAAGGAAGAAAAAUUCUAAGUUGGCUUUAAGUGGAAUCUUCCCAACUUCUGUCUGUGGGUCUACUCCUGGUCUCGUGUGUGUAGCGUGACUGUGUCUGAGAAAAAUGCAAAAACGGACAAAUCUAAGGGCUAAUAUUUCCUGAUCAUAGGACCCACAUGCUGACAUGGAGGCCAAACCCUCAACAGAUACCUUGCUUCUCUAGGAUACAUCUAUAAAGUAAAAGGAAAGGGAAUGAAUGUGCACAUUGAAAAGCCCACCACUUGUGGGCCUUCAGAGGUUUGCAUAGAAUAAAAAAGGCAAAGGGGUUAGAGAAUGAUUAUCAUUGUUAGCAUCAAGUUGUUGGGUGACAACAUGCAGAAACAGUUACAAAGAGACAAACAGUUACGAGACCGGGAAACAAGUCUUAGAUGAAAUUCAUUAGAGAUGGAUUUCCAAAGGGCUGGAAUGUUAUAAGAUAAGGCAUGAACAACGGAAGGCAGAGGAAGGCAUUCUGUAUUGAAGGGACUGGUGUAUGCUGAAGCUUACAAGCAAGAAUGUACGAGCAAUAUAUAAGGAAUUUCAAGCAAGUAUAUACUAUAUACAUUGGGGAAUACAGAGAAAUCAGAAUGCUGAGAACAGAGCUUUAUUACGAGGUGAUUGUGUCAAAAGGUUCAGCGUCUCAUAAGAGCUGCACAGCAGCUAUGGCAGUGAACUCGGGGCAUCUCUGGGAGAGCACUGGGAUGAGUCCAUUUGAUACAAGGACUCAAAGAGAUAGGUGUUUGUGAAAGCCACCAAAAAGCUAUGAUUUAACUACAGAUCCCUAUCAUUUGAAAUUCUGGGUUAAUUAAAUGAUAUUAAAUAUCCAGUGCUAUGAUACAUUAAUGCAGUAUUAGGCCCCAAACCUGACAUCAAUCAAAUCAAAUGCAUAAGAAAUGAGAAUGGGAAAAGGAAAUAAUUUACAAUAGAAAAUACAUUUCUUCCCCUCACUCUGAGCCUUAAAACUUGACUCUCAUAUUUCAUUUGGUAUACUGGAUUUUUGUGGCCACAGAUUUAUCAUAUGUGAGGGCACAGUGGACAGAGGGAAACUUCUAAAGAACUUUAGAGACCACAAAACAUGUUAACUGAUAAAUGAGAAGACAGUUAUAACUACAGGGCACUGGACCAACAGCUAAAGGCAGAUAAUUCUGAGCCCAUGCGGAUCUUGCAGUUGGUUAGGUAAAAACGGCCUUUAGCAGGCUUCUGUCGUAUUUGACCUACAAGGACAAAGAGCACAAAGGCAAUCCUGCUCCUCUAUUUGCUUUCCUGAAGCCACUUUCAGAGCCAGCAUAAACACUGGUUGUGCACUGGACCCAGUGUGAUGCUGAGUACUUGUAUUUUAAUGCUCCUUGAAUAAGCCCAAAGGUAAGCAGUAUCUCAGCUUUCUGCUUCACCUCACUGGCGUGAGUGGGUGCUGGAAGGGAGGCCGCGACUCUGCAGGUACAGCGUUGGUUAGUGUCAUCUCAGCUGUUAUCCCUCCUCUCCUAGGCAGUUUAUUAAAGGUGAUUUCUGAAACCCUUCACAAAAGGAAAGCUCAGGGGUUUACAUUCACUUGUGACACCACCAUGAAUUCAUGAAGCAGCAUGUUUCAGGUUGCACUAUAAUUUCUCCAUGUAAUGUAAACCCAUGGAAUCUGACAUAAGCUGAUUGCUCGUGCUGGUUAUUUUAUUUACAUUUCUGAAUGGAGGGGAUUGCAAUACUCAUAAAAUAUCUAACUGUCUUAUUUUUCAUCUCUCCCCCAGGACAGCUACUAUAAAAUAGGCCUAGCGACAGAAGCCUCAGCUUGCAUGACUGGUUAAGCAACAUGGGAAAAGUUAUUGCUCAAAAAGCAAUUUUAAAAAAUUCAAUAUGGAAUUUGAGGCUGAAACAGAGAUAUGGUUACUCUUAAUGCCAUCCAGAAGAUAAAAGUUCAGGGAAAAGGCUAAAUAACCAUGUUCCUUAUCUUUGUUCCAAUGCUGUGAGAGUAGGGAGUAGCUUUACAGAGUUCAAAGGGCUGGAGUUAAGUCUUCCUAGAGACCAAAUGCUAGCAGACAGUCAGUAGUGUCAUAGGAAUGCAGGUGAAUGAUGGUUGGGGAUGGGCUCCCCACCACACAGCCAGAUGGGUGUGCCUUCUUCCCACCAGGUCGCCAAUUAGACUCUGCAUUAGAAGCUGCCGUUAUACAUCGAACUUUCUAUCUGGAAAUGAACAUUCUGUUAACAUACGCAGAGAGGGACCACUUCUGCUUACUUCAGUAGGUUUGGCAAGCUCAGAGAGAUUGCCAGAGAAGUAACAGUCACCAGGGAAUUCUAAAGCCUCCAUCUGCUGCCUUCAAGUCAUGACUCACAUGACCCGAUACCUGAGUUAAUUGCUUAUUCUUCAACACUCUAGCACAGUUUUCAGGCCUGCUCUUCUACUCCACAAACACCAUUUAGCCAGUUUCCUUUCUCACUGAUACCUGACUUGUAUAAACUCAGUAGGCACAGGCUCUGUGUUGAGUUUGAUAUGUAUAAGUAAUUCUAGUACUCAGAAGGCUGAGGCAAGAAGGACUGGGAUGUGAGGUCAGCCUGGCCUACACAGUGAGACCCCAUUUCAAAACAUGAACGCCCUAAGGUCAUAAACUCAGGGAUCCAGUUAGUGCAUGUUAGUUGACUGCGGCAGCACAGUAAAGACAAUACUUGGAGCUGGAGAGAUGAUGGUUCAGAAGUUAAGAGCACUGGCUGCUCUUCCAGAGGACCUGCGUUCAAUUCCCAGCACCCACAGGCAGCUCACAGUUGUACUCCAGUUCUAGGGAAAUCUGGCAUCCUCAUACAAACACACAGGCAGGCAAAAUACCAAUGUACAUAAAAUACAAAGAAAUAAAAAAUAAAAACAAACUAUUUUUGCUGGGCGGUGGUGGCGCAAGCCUUUGAUUCCAGCACUCGGGAGGCAGAGGCAGAUGAUUUCUGUGAGUUAGAAGCCAACCUGGUCUGCAGAGCAAGUUCCAGGACAGGCUCCAAAACUACAGAGAAACCCUGCCUUGAAAGAACUAUUUUCACUUACUUGUAAAGCAAACAACUUGGAGGUCCUUCCUAGAAAGACAGACUUGUGAAGGAUUCAGAGUUGAACAACACUCAGCUUGGAAGAGAGCACAACAGGAACUUACUGCUGUAUCCCAGUGUCCUUCUGUUUGGUUUUUGAAAUGUGCAUGACACAUGCCUAUGGCUAGUGCUGCAGGGUUAGACAGCUAUGCGGUGAGCGUGUGAGCUCUGGGAGAUGUAGGGCAUUGUCUCCAGUCCUUUUCCUUACACACACAGAAACCAAGGCACUGCUUCUAACUCAGUAUUCUAGUCUGCUCCCAUGACAUGAUAGUAUUUUACUUUCACCUGAGAUGUCCUUCAGCCACUAGGAACCUGUCACUAUUAGGAAUGAGGUAAUAUAAAAGAGGAAAGAUAUGGGAUAGGAGCUUUAUGGCGGUUCCUAUGAGACUAGGAGGUGACUUUCUUAAAUGUCACUGAGGAGCUCUUCACUUUGUGUUAGUCCUAAACUAUUUAUACAGAGAUUAUACUAAAUAUUACCUUAUAAAGCUAUGAACUUAGGCAGCGAGGUAUAAAGAUGAAAAUAUUCCAUGUUACAUCUUUGAAAGAGAAUAGAUACUUCUUUCUGUAUCUUGCUGGACUUAAGGACUCUAGCCAGAUGUAUACAGAAAGGAGGGCCCUCCAUGAGUCUAGAUUGACCUUUGUAGAUAUUUUGGAGGCAACUGAAAUAACUUGUCACCUAAAAUAAAUUAAAAUGAAAGAAUGAAUGAGCUGGGUGGUGGUGGCACAGGCCUUUAACCUCACACUUAGGGGGCAGAGGCAGGCGGAUCUCUGUGAGUUUGAAACCAGUCUGGUCUACAGAGCAAGUUCCAGGACAGCCAGGGCUGGUACAAAGAGAAAC